AUGCCAAAAUCGCAACUCGAGCAUGCACCCAAUAUUGCAACGUUACUCAAGGGUACCGCAUUUGAAGCCACAGAUGUACGGCGCAUACAUGUCGGUACGACUAAUUUCGCAUACCGAAUCUUCUUGAAAACCCCUCUGGAGGGAGGCGAGCGGACAGCGAUUCUAAAGUACUCGGCACCUUUGACAGCAACCGAGCCACGAGUACCAUUUUCGCCUAAUCGUCAGGCUUUUGAAGUAAACGCACUGGCAAAUAUUCCAUGGCACGAGUUCACCUACCCGAUCGUACCUCAACUUGCUCCACAAAGUCAGGCUAUCGUCAAGCUACCUAAGCUCUACCUCUCUGUUCCUGAUCUGGACUUUUGUAUAAUCGAAGACUGCACGCCCCGACCGCAAGCCACUGUAUGGGAUCAAUAUGCGCAUUCUUUCCGCGAGUUCUUAGAGGAUCAACCACCGUCACGGGAAAAGUAUGAGGCCGCCAGUUCAUUAGGCACCAUGCUAGGCAGCUUUCUUGCGCAGCUGCACACCUGGGGCUUGCAUAGGUCAGACCACAGCACUGCCUUUGCUCUCUUCUCCAAGAACAUUUAUGCCAAAGAGCUCAUGACGAAAGAGCUUUUCGACAAUUUUAGACAAAAUAUCAAGCAAUUAGGUUACAUAGUCAGCGCCCACCAGCAGGCUCAGCUACAAGAGAGACUCACUCAAGUGAACGAAUCCCUAAAUUCAGAAACUCAAUCUGUAGCCAUGGGCGACUUUUGGAUGGGGAAUGUUCUGAUCAACCUUGAUGACAAACAAAGACUGCGCGACAUCUACGUCAUCGACUGGGAAUUCGUCAACAUGGCCCCAACAUGGUUGGAUGUUGGUAAUUUUGUUGGUGAACUAUUUCUUAUAGGCUAUUUCGAGGGCACUGACGAUGCAUAUAUUCAUGUGCUAGAGGCCUUUAUAACAGCCUAUCGAGGAUGCGGCUUGCCAUUAGAUACUUCGCGCGCGCUACAGUUUGCUGGUGCUCAUAUUAUGAUGUCGCUACCAAGGCGCGUCACCUCAAAACGCAGCAAAGCAACUUUCGAAACAGCACUUCCAUAUGUGGAAACAAGCCUGAAAUUAAUAACAGAUCCGGAAUUCAACUAUCUGCUUGGAAAAGAGAGCGAUCCGUUGAUGACCAUUGCAAGAUUGCUGAGAAAUGCGAGACAACCGAGCACAACACAGGACGGUUGA